GUACGCAUGUAAACAAGAGGCAGAAUGGAACAGCGUGAAGAAUCUAUCCUUUCAUGAACGGUGUAAGCAAAGGCUGCGGAGCUUGUGAAUGAUGGGCGUGCGUUAAAACACAUAUCGAACUCGAGGAGUGCAUCCUUUCUUCGUUCCGUAGUUCGGUUAUGUUCGGUCGCGUUGUCGACGUCUAAUGCCCAUUUCAGCGCCUCGCCAGCAUCAGAACGUGGGAUAAGUCGCGUACGCAGCGCUAAUUACACUACCACAGGCUGCCAAAAAUCGCUGAUUAACGCGGCCUUGCUAGCACGCCAGGUGAGCCGCGGAGGGAAGACGUGGACCCCGAUCGCCUUAUCAAGCAGCAGCACACGCUGGUUGGCGGAGAUUGUCAUUCCCUGGUGAAGGAGGGAACCGCCGGGGGUUAUCAGCAGGCAGACGAGCGGUCCUCGGCGGCUGAUAGUUGUCGUCGUUUGCUGUGUUGGUGGUGGUGUUGCUGCUGCUGCGGCUGUUGAUGAUGCUGCCGCCAUACUUUCGGUCUUCUUGUGGCCAGCAACGAAACAGUUCCAUCAUCUCAACACCGUCGAAAGUGCAAACUUAUUAAUGAUAGACUUCUGCUCAAUACCACUCACUUUCAGGCACCACCGCGUGACGGGCGGGUCGUCGAAAGAGAUGCUAUCGAAGUUACUGGAAAGCGAUGGGCCUAACUGGGUCCCGGUGCGUCGUGUCGUAUGCGUAGCGGUCGGUGCCUGCCUGGCAGUGGCCACCGGGUACGGUGUGUACCGGUUGAUUCAACACCGGGCAUCUAAUCGGCCACCGCGCGAGUGGCAGCGCGUGGGCGAAGUGUCCGACCUUUGGAUCUAUCCGAUCAAGUCAUGCGCAGCGGUUCGGGUGCGUCAGUUCGAUUGCACGGCCAUCGGACCGGCGGUCGGACUGUUGCGCGACCGCACCUUCAUGGUGGUGCGCAGCGACGACGGGACGUUCAUCACGGGCCGCUCCCACCCGACGAUGGUGCUGGUGCAGCCCGCCUUCGACGCGGACUACGAGCAAAUGACGCUGUCGGCACCCGGCAUGCUAGAUAUCGUCGUCGAGGUACGGCGCCUGCUCGAGGGCAGCCAGGUUGGGGUGGGAACCACCUCCGUUUGGGACCAACCCGUCGCCACCGUUGACUGUGGCGAGGAGGUUGCCCGCUGGUUGUCGCGCUUUCUGCUCAGCGAAGACUUUGGCCUCCGGUUGGUGCUUUAUCCGCACGACGGGCCGACGCGCCCGGUGCGCCCGAACAACCGCAUCCACGCGUUACUGACGGCCCGCGACUCGGGCGCCCUGCACGACGCGACCAGCUACAUGCUGAUGUCGGAGGCGUCGUUGGCGGAUGUGAACGGGCGGCUCGAGCGGUCGGUGCCAGCGCUCCAGUUUCGCGCCAACAUCCUCGUGAAGGGUCCGGCGGCGUUCGCCGAGGACGACUGGAAGUGGGUCCGCAUCGGGAGCACCAUCUACCGGAACGUGAAACCGUGCACACGGUGCCUGUUUACGAACGUCAGCCCGGAAACGGGGCAGAGGAGCCCGGACCAGGAGCCACUAACCACACUGCGGGCGUAUCGCACGAAGCCGGGCCUCGGGCAGACACCGGUGCUCGGUACGCAGAUGGGCGUCCGGGCCCUCGGCACGAUCGCUCUCGGCGAACCGGUCCUCGUCGGCAUCUAGUGGAGCCCCGAGCUCCCUUUGUAGCUACCUACCGUACUGGUCCAUUGCCCCGCGCGAAAGUGUACGCGUGUGUUUGUAUAACAUUUAUUUGUGUCUAUUAAAGUGGUUUGUCGCGCGUAUGGUGAGUUAUGAAACAAACCAAAAAGGCGCAAAACACGCAAACGCAGCAAACACAGAAAGUACAGAAAGAAAUGCGGCUCGAAAGAAAAGCUGGCGUCCGGCGGCGACCAUCAACGUUCCUCAACGUUCAAUCAGUGCGAAGUCCUUCUACGCAACGUACACCGGAUCGCCGACCUUGACGGUCCCCGCGCCCCGCAGUCCCAGGUGGAUGCCGAAGGCCGGUGAAUCACCGAGGGCCGGAAUCUGC